AUGGGCACAGGGUACCCGACGGGGCGUGGGGACAGCCAGGAGGCAGGUGUCCUCAGCAGCCAAGGCCGGCCUGCCCUGCUGAGGCGACCAUACCCGAACCCCCACAGCGGGGACGCGGGAGCCCGGCCACCAGCCCCACUCACCGGGCCCCACCCUGAGCAGCAAGCAGGUGGCCUGCAGCUUUUACAGAAUGGAAGGGCACCCCUGUCUCAGAGGCACGCUGGGGCAAGAAGGCUCUGCGCCCCUCCUCCAAAGGAUGACGAAGAGAACGUGUCCAAGGGGCACGGCUGGACGGUCCGGGGUGCCGGGCUGGGAGGCGCCAGGCGUCGGGAGUGCGAGCAGACGGAAAAGGGUGAUGCCCGCUCGCACCGACGGGGGCCAGGCAGCCCGGGCUGGGGAGGCUCGGGGAAGGGCAAGGGCCGCGCUGCGUCGACCACGGGAAGCAGCGGCUCGGAGCGGGGUGGGACGAGGGGCGACAAGGGGAGAGGGUGCUGGAGCGGCGAGUCCUUGCGAGCGGCAGUGGCGAGCGGGGCAGGGGCGCUCCGGCGGCGGCCGCGGAGCCCCGACCAGGACCCCCUCUGCCCCGCUGAGCCGAGCGCCCGCUCCGCCGCCGCCGCCAAGUUCCUCCAACUUCGCCCGCUCCGCUCGGACGGCGCGCGGGGCCGGGGCGCACAAGGGGCCGGGGGCGCUCGGGGCGCGAGGGCGCGGGGCCCGCCUCGCCGCCCCCGCGAGCGGCCGGACUGCCGCGCCCCCAGGCUCGGUCCCGGCUCCGCGCUUACCUGCUCGCCCGGCCGCCGCUCCGGGGCUGCGCCCGCCGCCGCCGCCGUCCUUCAAGCUCUAACUUCGCUCCGGGGAUUGAAAUUCCUCCCCAGCUUCGCCCAUCGAUCCGCGCGCCGCCCCGCCCCUCGCGCGCGGGCAGGGGCGCCGGAGCCCGCGCGCCGCCCCUGCGCCCCCCCCGCCGCUGCGCGCCCCCCCCGCCGCUGCGCGCCCCCCCCGCCGCCCGCGCGCCCCCCCCGCCGCCCCUGCGCCCCCCCCGCCGCUGCGCCCCCCCCCCGCCGCUGCGCGCCCCCCCCGCCGCCCCUGCGCCCCCCCCGCCGCCCGCGCGCCCCCCCCGCCGCUGCGCCCCCCCCGCCGCUGCGCCCCCCCCCGCCGCUGCGCGCCCCCCCCGCCGCCCCUGCGCCCCCCCCGCCGCCCGCGCGCCCCCCCCGCCGCUGCGCGCCCCCCGCCGCUGCGCGCCCCCGCCCCCCUUCCUCCGCGUCCGGCGCCGAGCCGCGCGCCCCCCUCCGCGCCCGCCCGGCCUCCUCGCUGCCCGGCUCCUGCCCUCCCGCCGCCGAGCCGGGGGUGGGGGCGCGGCGAGGGAGCGCGAGGGGGAGAGGCGCCGGCGCCGCGGCGAGGACUUCUGUCAGCGACCCCACACCGCGCUCCACGCCCCCUGCCCCACCCCCAGACCCAGAGCGGGUGAGCGGUGGACACGGAUGCGGCGCCUCGCUCACCGAGGCUUGGAGACCGCUGGUGCGCGGCACAGAAGCUCUGGAGGGCGUCGGGGUCCCCGAGUUGAUGGAGGGGGCGGGGCCCGAGGCCGGCCCCGGGGACGAAGACCCCCAGGCUUCCUGGGGCCUGGAUGCAGCAGACGGGGAGAAAAUGCAAUCCAGCCGGCGGCUCGCCGCGACCACCGCACGCCCACCGCCGCUCAGAUGGGGCGGGGGACGGGCUCCCGUCGGUGGGUCGGGAGGAAAUUCCCGCUCAGCGGCGACAGUCGGGCCGGGAACCCCACGCCCCGCCAGCGGGGAGGGCUCCCUUGAGGACGGUGCUAGCAUCGCGCCGGUCUGGGCGGCCACAGGCCACACGGUGCAGUUUGGGAAGAGAGAAAGUUGGGGGCGACACCCAGAGACGGGAGAGUCAAGAAGGAGGGACGAGGAGGGGGCGUGGAGGCAAGAGCGGCAGGGUGAGAAGGCUGAGAGCCGCGCGCUGGGGUCCCGCCACACCCCGGAGCCCAGCCCGGCCCCCGGCUUCCGGGCGGAGAGGCUCGGGGCAGAGGCGCCUGGGAAUCGCCUGGAGCCGGGUCCCUCGCGGGAGAGCGGCCGCGGCCGGCGGAGCCAGGAGACCGGGAAAGUUUCGGGGUCCCCGCGGCGCCUUCUAGCCCGAGGGGUCCGGAGUCCCGGGCCUUCGGGCCGCGGCGUCGGGGAGGGAAGUUUGUCCGGCCGGGGCCCGGCGACUGCUAACUUCGGGUGCGAUCGCCUCGGCACCCGAGAGCGGGGCGGCGAGGACCGGCGGAAACAACGGGCGGGGACCUGCUGCCCUGCAGCCGCGGGAGAAAGGACCCCCGAACCGCAGCCCCCGCCCCCGCCCCCACCAUCCCCUUCCUACCUGCUCUGGGUUGUGGGCCCGGGGCUGGAGGCACGGUCACAGGAGAGCGCAGCGCGCGCGCCCAGGUCCCCGGAGCGCGGCGGCGGCGGCGGCGGCUUCCCCUCCUUCCUCCAGCUCUUCCUCCGCCGGCCUCGCUGGCUCCAGACAGAUCUCCUCCCCCUAGCGCCCUGCCUGCCCCUCCCGGAGCCCGCCGGGCUGGGCUCGGCCUGCGACUGGGAGCGGAGCGGAGCCGGCGGGAGCCGGGCUGCGGCGCUCACUGCGUCAAGCGCUGGGCGAGCGCGGGGCGGCGGCGGCGGAGACAGCGCGCGGCGAGCCCGGGGCCGGCCGGACAGGCGGGGCAGCGGCGGCUCCGGCUCCGGCUCCUCCGGCUCCGGCGCGGGCGCGGAGGUGGCGGCCGCGGCCGCGCCGAGGUUGUAG